CGCGACACACUCGCCCGCGACCCUUCCCGCGAGCCAUCGUCGCCGCUCGCGCCCGACUUCCUCGCUCCGCCACGCGCCAGGUGAGCGCGAGUAUGACUGACAGCUUCCGACACCCAAACGCGCCUACUUGAAGUGUCUGUGCCGGAGUGAAAACAACAUGUUUCAAACAAGUAGAACACAUGACAUCAGUGCUGUUGUGAACCACGAUUGUAUAUCUCCGCUGACUCGACCGAUCCUGGUAUUUAAUCCAGCAUAGAUCCAGGGUAUCAGAAGACAAUGACUCUAACUCUGAUAAAAUAUUUCCUUUUUGUAUUUUUAUCGUUUUGGCAAGUUAGCGAUCUAGCAUCGACAUGUCCAGAAAAAUGUACGUGCCAUAACAAUCUAACGUUAUCUUUAAAAUGUUCCUACAACGUAACGUUGAAAGAAAAUCAGAAUGUGUAUCACGUGUCGGUGUGUUGCGACGAGGAAGAGCAAACAUGGAGGCAGGAGUUCGCAAACAAAACACUAUCAGAAGUGAUGGUCCGCUAUUGCAGCGCGUGUGGCGGCGCCGACCUCGCCGCGCCGGCCCUCGACACCUACUCGCUAGCCAUCACGAACAACAAUAUUUCUAAAAUAGCGAUCAACGUCAACAACCGAAACUUACGACAGAUAAACUUAUCGGAUAAUAGACUGAAAUCCAUUACCAAAGGCCUCUUUAAUAAUUUUUCAUCUCUUCAAAAACUAAUUUUAAGUAGAAAUGAAAUAAUUAGCAUAUUUCCGGAAAGUUUUAAUGGCCUAUCAAGAUUAGAAUUGCUGGAUUUAUCGGAAAACAACCUAACGAUCUUAGCGAACGUUUUUACGCCGCUUAAAAAUCUCCAGCAUCUUAAUUUAAGUAGAAAUAAUAUCGAGUUCAUUCACGAGAAUUACUUCAACAAUUGGUUGCUGCAACACUUGGACGUGUCGCAUAACAACCUGAAGAAGAUGGAGCCCGGCGCAUUGCAGUUGUUGCCAAACCUGGCGCGCCUGCUGCUGACCGAUAACCCUCACCUGGGGAUCACGCAGCUGGAUCGGCAGCUGCUGGUGGGCACGGGGCGCCGGCUGCAGCAGAUCGAUGCGUCGCGCACCGGCCUCUACCAGGUGCCCGAGGCCUUCACCCACUCCGUGCGCUUCCUGUCGCUCGUCGGCAACCAGAUAUCAUCCGUCAGAUGCGGCGAUCUCGACAGCUACCCGUUAUUGCAGUCUCUCGACUUCUCUGAUAACAAAAUUGUUUCGGUCGAGGAUGAUUCCUUAGGUAGAUUGGAAAUGCUUUUAUUACUAAAUAUCAAUAAAAACAUUUUAACGAGCGUACCAAAAUCUCUACCUGAUGAGCUGAAAUAUUUGUCCGUGAAUGACAAUCUUGUGAAGAACUUAUCUCGACACGACUUCAAAAGUUUACCCAAUUUGCGAAUAUUGCUACUCAAAAAUAAUCAGAUACGAUACAUCGAAGACCAUGUUUUCGACGAUUUAUUGUCUCUCGAAAUGCUGGAUCUGUCGAAUAAUCCGAUACAAGUUCUGUCGUCAAAUACUUUUGACGGACCUCUGUCUCUUCGCGACUUGAGGCUGUGCUACCUGAACGUGUCGGUGCCGGCGCAGGACGGCUCGUUCCCCGUGCCGUCCCCGGAGAGCGUGCAGAUGCUGCACCUGCAGGCCAGCCCCGGCCUGGCGCGCCAGCUGCUCGCCGACUCCGCCGCGCUCGCCGCCUUCUCGCAUCUCCAAUACCUAGACUUAAGAAUGAACAAUCUGUCGGAAAUAAGAAACGACUUGCUAUUCUAUCUUAGUCAGUUAAAAACCCUGAGAUUACACGGCAAUAGCCUAAACUGUAGCGCCAAAAUGUGGCUGAAAGAUUGGAUGAAUUGGAACCAGUCUACGUCAAACGGCGAAAGCUGUUAUUACUCUACUUCAGAAGCCAAAGAGGAUAUAAUAAAAUAUAACUGUACUUUCCCGGAAACGUUCACCAUAAGCGAGAGUUUACCGCCGGUGAAUUUGUACAGCACAGAAAUGAUAAAUAAAUUGUUGAGGUAUUAUGGUUUUCUCAAUAAUAAAACAGAGAAAAAUUUCGAGUAUACAAAACGUGACAAGAUUAAACAUAACUCUGUUAGCUACGAUUACGAGUCGAAAUUGAACAAGACCGUUGCCAAAUAUACGAAAUAUGCUAAUAGUUCCGUCUCUGGUGAAAAGAAAGACUCGAUAAAGAUGAAAAAUGCCAUAAAAUUCCCAUAUUAUGACUACUUAAACGAAACUAUGGCCAUAAAAUCACGCGAGUCCUCCAAAAUACUAGAGCAGAACAAACUUUUACACGAUCAAUUAAAUAUAGAUCAAAGAUUUUUGGACACAGAGCCUAAUUUAUCUCCAGCGCUGCGGGACUCGAAAAAAGGGAAUGAAGAUGACAUUCCAGAAAUUCGGCAAAAUAAUAAAUCUGGUAAGCGCUUGAAUACACCAGUGGAAGCUAAAAAACUUUUACAAAUGAACUUAGUGAAAAAUGAAUCUCACCCGGCGACCCUUUUAAAUGUAACUCAUAAUGAAAUAGGGCUCGUCGUCGCAGGCGGCAACCAGACUGCGGAUGCGAACGAAAAAUCACAGUUCUCGCCGUAUCAGUCCCCUCACACAAACUAUGCGCAAUACAUGGGCACGGUCGCCGUGUCCGUACUGAUAGUAAUGUCAUUGAUACUUUGGAUCAGUUUUCGCCUAAGAUAUAGGAGAAGGCGGGUGCCAAUUGUGGAGGUGGAGACUGAGGACCAAAUAGAGGUGUCGAAUAUAUCUGGCGGCGUGCUUUGGUGACACCUGCGCGCAGCCGACCCCACUCCCUUCGAAUACGACUCGCUUCUAACGUAGCACCAGUCGCGGGGCGGUCGGCUGCUCGCCGUACGGGAGCUGUUAUGUGAUAUAAUUGGACGUGCAUAUUUUUCUACGGAAUAAGUACAAAGUUGGAUGGGCAGCGAUGCUUAUACUUGUUUGUGUAAAAGUGUAAAUAAACUUUGUUAACUAACUUAGGACAUAGAGAUACGUAUUUUUGUGUAAAGUAGUAGCAUUGUGAUCUGGUUUGUUUGAGUAUAGGUAAGUGUACCUAUGACCUAUAUUUUUUAAGAAAUACGUAUUAAUAAUUAAUGUUGCUAUAAAACAUUUACAUAGAGCAGAUCUUGUCUUCCUUGUUAACCUUUUCAUUGUAAUAAAUGACAUAAGAUAUCUUGUAAAUGAUCAUACCGUGGUCAGAUCAUGUAGUGCCAAAUCGUUUGGAAUCGUACAUUUAUGAUCCAUGUAUUUACACAAAAAUUAUUAUCAAGAUGUUUAUUUUUAGCAAAAACAAAUUAAGAGAAGUACCAAUCUCAAAUGCCGAUGUAAAAUGAAUUAAGCACGUAUCGCUUUUCUGUAGACAAGAUGUCAAACGUUCACGCUCCGUAAAGUAUCGUAGUCUUUCUAUCGCCCUUUCCUAUAAUGGCGACAUUAGCGACGAAGACACACUACGAGCUUGAAAGAUUGGCAUUUUGUCUAUGUGCCCUGAUCUAUGUUUUAAUUCAUUACGUGCUACUCCUUGAUUAUACUUACAUAAAGAUAAUUAGUUAAUAACCUUCCUUAUGCGUUGCCGUGGUCGGGUAAUUAGACGAAGACUGUCGAAGCUCAAAUCGUAAUCACACAAUUAUAAUUAACAGUUCCCCACCUAUUAUAUGUAUGUGUAUCGACCUACAUGUGAGUUAAACAAUUAUUUAUGUAUAUUUACGAAUCAAUUACCGCUUUUUUACUUUGUAAAGCUGUUUCUUUGUUUUUCUACACAUUGUCUAGAGACUUAUCCACUGUAUUAAGUAUUUGCUGGUAAAUUCAUUAUAAGUUGUAUUACAUUAUAAGUAGUACCUACUACUCAAAAUCACCCCACUAUUAACACAUUCCUGAUCAUUGAAAUUAUGAUUAACAAUUUCAUGAAAUCAUCUAGGUAAAUCCUCCCAUUUUCCUUAUUCAUAAAUCGAAUUUAAAAAAGGUAUCGGCCCACGUGAAAAUGUAUUCGCCAUUCCAUGAAAACCAGAUGUUUACAACACCUUAUUUUUCAUGUAGGUAUUACGCUGAUUGACAGAAUUUCCAAUAUUUGAUAUAAGUACGUAUUAAUAGUUUGCUAUAGGUAAAUAUCAAUGCUGCCACUUAUUUCAUGUUGGUCCAAAAUGUAUUAAACACUAUAAUCUUCUUUGUGUUUAUCAAUGUUUUGCAGGGUAGGUACCUACAUAUUAAAGUUAACUUACAGAAAAAAAAAUGUAGGCUCAUGGGUCUAUUUUAACACAAAUUACAUACUUACAUUUCGUUUCUUAGCAUGUAUUAGAAAUAACUAAAUAGAAGUAUCUAAGCGUGCUGCUUUACUAUAACCUGAAAGUAACUAUGUACUGAGUUUGAUGAUAAAUAAUAGUUAUUUGUUAUACAAGGGAGCAAAGUUGUAUUUUAACGCCGAGUGUGGAAUUAAAAAACGAGCAAGUGAAAGGAUUCUAUAGUUGAAGUG